AUGGUGGAGAUUGAACUAGCUGCAACGUCCACCACCUCUGCAUCACCAACUCCCCUUUUGGUGAGCACUGGUGAUUCAGAGGAGGAGGACAACGCUGAGAGCAACCUUUCUUCUAAGGAGAUAGAGAUGAAAGUUCUGCUUAAUGAUGUCUCUGGUGAGGCACAUAGAGGUGAAAUUUUGGCCGUGCUAGGCCCCUCAGGGUCAGGGAAGUCGACCCUGAUUGACGCAUUGGCUAAUCGGAUAUUCAAGGGAAGCUUGAAUGGAAUGAUCACCCUGAGUGGUGAACAAUUGGAUUCCAGCUUACUCAGAGCGAUCUCUGCCUAUGUUAUGCAAGAUCACCUCCUUUUUCCAAUGCUAACUGUUGAAGAAACUUUGACGUUUGCUGCUGAAUUGAGGCUCCCUCAAAUUCUCUCCAAAUUCGAGAAGAAAAAAAGAGUUCAUGAUUUGAUAGAUCAAUUAGACCAUCAAACAGCAGUUCAAACCAUCAUCGGAGAUGAAAAGCACCGGGGGGGCUGGUGGAGGACGCUGGCGAGACUCGACUCCACUAGUGCUUUCAAGGUUGUGAAGGUUUUACAGAGCAUUGCUCAGACAGGAAGCAUGCUGAUCAUGUCUAUACACCAGCCAAGUUUUCAAAUUCUUGGCCUAUUGGACAAGCUGUUAUUCUUGUCUCAUGGACAAGUAGUCUAUAGUGGAUCUCCAUCAAAUUUGCCCUUCUUUAUGGAGAACCUUGGACAACCAAUACCUGCAGAUCAGAACCCUUCUGAUGCAAUUUUGGAUCUCAUCUGCGAUCUUGAAUAUUCUAGGGAUGGGAUUGACAGCAUGGCCCAGUUCAAUCAGAUAUGGCAGCAGCAAUACAUGGGUAGAGGAAUAGGAUCAGAAGUAAAACAAUCUACUGCUAAACAAAGCCUGAAUUUGAAGCAAGCAUUCAGUCAAAGUCUGGAUUUGAAGCAAGCAUUCAGUUCCAUUAUUUCUCGAGAUAAAUUGGCAAUAUCCGAAUCUGUGCUUUUACCUUGCAGCCGCGGACAACAUGUUAACGUUGCAUCUCCACGCGCGAUUCCACGGCUUAACGUCUCCGUUUGCAAUCCAUCCACAUGCAACACGUGUCGGCCUUUGGAGGCCUUCCUACCAUAG